CGCGUGCUCUGUUCAGACCGAUCGGACGCCAGUGCGUGACGCAGGCGGAGAAGCCAAGUCCGCCUCUAUCCCCAACCCACCCGCCGCCGGUGGCGGCGACCACCGCCGGAGCUCUCCAAUCCACUCCGGUAUCUAGGCCCUAAUAAUUUGGACGUCAGUGAAAGGAAGUCUUUUACAGAACCUAUGGACAGUUCUAAAUCUCCUCAACCAUUGAAGAAGAGCCGGACUACGUUGUCUGGUACGGAUGGCCACCAGUUUGAGAACGGCGAGUUUCCAUCUGAAACUGCAUCAGAGAAAAUGGACGUUUGGAAGUCUGGAACAGUAGAUAAAGGGCAAGAUGAAUUUGAAGAAGACAAUUCCCCAUCUUUGCAGAAUUCGAUUGGUCCUAACUUUCGUGGAUCACCAUGUAUUGGGGCAUUCACUAUCCAGUGCGCUAAGUGUUUCAAAUGGAGACUUAUUCCAACAAAAGAGAAGUACGAAGAAAUACGAGAGCAUAUUAUACAGGAACCUUUUGACUGUGAACGAGCACGCGAGUGGAGACCUGAUGUAACAUGCGAUGAUCCAGAAGAUAUAUCUCAGGAUGGAAGCAGACUCUGGGCUAUCGACAAACCCAAUAUUGCACAACCCCCUGCUGGAUGGGAAAGGCAGAUUAGAAUAAGAGGUGAAGGAGGCACCAAAUUUGCUGAUGUGUACUAUACUGCUCCUACUGCAAGGAAACUGAGGUCACUGGUUGAAGUUGAUCGGUACCUCUCCGAGAAUCCAGAGUAUGCUGCGCAGGGUAUAACAUUAGCUCAGUUUUCCUUCCAGAUUCCUAGACCUCUGCGGCAGAACUAUGUCAAAAAGCGCCCUAAGCUACCAAGUGAUGAAGCUGCGACUAAGCCUGUUCAACCAGUGGAAGCUAACCCCAUAGCCUGGGCUGCACCUCCAGCACCACAUGAGGGCCAGGAAAGUGAACCAGCUUCUCACGCCGAUGGGCCGCUUGGAUCAGCAGAUGUGGAACUAGUCCGGAAGACAAAAGCAGAAAGCUCUCCGCCAGGAGAGGCAAAUACAAACCAUGUGUCUGAUGGACCGGCAGUCAAGUCUGAGAAUGGAGAUGCUUCUACCACCUGAAAGCUGCAACUUCACAUACCAGGCUUCCCGAGGAUGAUUUUCUUGAAUCUCCAUCUGCCUUCCAUUGUCUGCGGGAGCCAGUUUCCCUGUAAUGUGAGGCCAUGAUGGCCUUUUAUGUACUACGACAACUUAGAGGUUGGGCGAUUUGGGAUAGUAAGUUGACGAAUGUUGUAUCUGAGACCCCAGUCGUACCCUUUGAGGAUUAUGUAUGUUUACCACUAUGUGCUCAUGUAGGCUGUGUAAGAUUAGAUUCCCCGCAUUUUAUUUUCCACUUUGUAAGAUACGGAGAUGUGGUAGGGAAAUAGUUAUGCUGUGUGUUUGAGUCGAACCAUUCUGUUAUCUAUUAAGACAAUGGUAUGCAACUAGUAGUAGCAGUUCUGGCUCAACUUUCCUUGAGCUCAUCA